AUGGAUAUGGAUGCCUCAGCCUCGACUGAGUCGCCGGACGACCAAGAUGACUUUCCCAUCCACUGCAAAGGAUGCGGCGAGAUUCUCGAGGAAGGAAAGGCCUUUGAACUCGCCGGAAACCGAUGGCACAUCGACUGCUUCCGAUGCCAUACUUGCGGCGCUUACCUUGAUUCCGACGUAAAUCUCCUCAUGGUCGGCGAUGGUUCCCUCGUGUGCCGAAACUGUGCUUAUAGCUGCAGCUCUUGCGGCUCCAAGAUUGACGACGUUGCCAUUGUAACCGGUGAACAAGCCUUUUGCGCUGGUUGUUUUAAAUGUCGCAACUGCAAGAAAAAGAUCGAGAAUCUCCGUUACGCGCGGACCUCGCAGGGUAUAUUCUGUAUGGAUUGCCAUGAGUCGUUAAUGUCGAGAAGGAGGAAACGGACUGCCCGCAAUGCUGCGCAACGGCAAAAGCCCCCGGCUCCCAGCAUGCAUCUAGACAAAUCACUUCCAUCACUUCCCCCUUCCAUGGUAGCGCCUGAAAAUAAUCCACCCCCGCCGUCCUCUUCCGAUAUAUACUCUGAUUCAACAUCAGAACAUCUCCCACCGUCUAGACAAGAAGAUGACCGGGCAGCUAGAUCAUACUCUUCGCACCAAGCUACUCACAGGUCAGAUGGCUCCGCCGGUGGUGAAGAGUUCCUUAUACCUGUUGCCUUUGACCCUACUCCUUCCGAGCAUGCGUCCCCACACUUGGGUUCUCCGCACUCAUCCAUGACCCUAAGCGAUGGACAAAAGGAUUAUUUUGGCCGGACACCCUCCAACGCACUGGGAAUCUCAGCAGAUGGACCACCCGUGUUAUCGCCGACGCAUAUUGCAUAUCAGGAUAAGCGCCAAAUGAAUCCCAACCCACAGCAGUGGAUUCAGGAAACUGUUACCCCUCCUCAAUCUCAAACUACAAAUAAUGCUAUCCAAAGAACUGGUUCGCACAGUGCUCGAACUAGCAUGAACAUAGACAGCUCUAGGCUAUCGCAAGAGGGUUCAAGAGGAAAGGAUCAAGCCACUUUGGGUGGCAGCGUCCACCUCACGCCGAGUGAAAGGUCAUCUAAUCGCCAUUCCGUCCCAGGAAAGGAUGCCAUUAUCUCUCAAUCAUCCACUUUCAACCCAAGGAAAAAGGUAUUAAAUGAGCAAUCCAGCCCUGGAACAAUUUCUUCCUCAAACCAGCUGCAGUACCCACCCAAGAGAGGGGACUCUCUAGAGAGCAAGUUACAUCAUAAUAUCCAAAGGAAAGAAAUACCACAGCCUUCACAAGACCAUGCGGAGAAGCCGGAGGGUACCGUUAGGUCCUCAACUAGUUCAGACUAUGCAUCGGUAGCUUCGAAAGCCAUUGAAACUACUCCGCCAAGCCACUCCAAUACCACCACCGCUGGUGCGGGUGCUGUAUCACCGUCCCAUACAAGGUCUGUAUCAGGAGGGGUGAGUGGAAAUGUUUUACCACCGGACUCUCAGCGUCAAAAUUCAUCUGGUUCUUCUCCCGGCCUUCUACGUUAUAGUGCUGUUGGAGACUUUUCUCUAGAUGAGGAUAUGGCACGAAUUCUUGGGGAUGACCCACAAGCUCAAGACUCAUUCCUACGAAAGGUGUCGAAUUCUGUUCGGCACGGUAGAAGCUUUAGUGACAAAGGCUCACGGUUAUCCCGAGAUAGCAAGUGGCCUGCUAAAUCUCCCCUCGAGGCAGGAAACUCUGGGAAUGAUAUUAGUAGUCCAACUUCUAGUGGACUUGAUCCCAAGGAUGAACUAACGUGGCUCAAGAACGAAUUGAAACGGGAACGCCAGAAAGUUGUUGAAAAGGACCAGAAGAUUGUGGAGUUAGAGGCCUCGCUUAAUGCUACUGUAAAUAUUAAGCAGGUCAAUACAGAGCUGCGGGAGAAGAGAUCCACCGUGAUCUUCUUAGAUGCUCAAAAGGAGAUCAUUCUCCGGGAGCUGGAAGUAUGGAAAGAACACAUCGCAGCUGAGAAGAAAAAUAAUAAGCCACUUGACCUGGGAAAGAUGAGCAAUUCGGUUCUUCGAGACCUCGCGGAAUCUCUGGAAAAUUUGAAAAAUACCUUUGCCCCCCAGAUCGAAGAUUUGAUUCAGAAACGCAAUGAUUUGGUCGAAGAAUUAUCUAAUUUAGGGAAGAUGAAAGACAAGAGUUUCCAGGAAUUCGAACAAUUGUCUCUGAAGAAUGCGCAGUUGGCAGAACUAAACAACCAGCUGGUGCACCAAAUUCAGGAAUUAUACAAGGCGAACUCCAAUACAUCUGGUGGUAGUGUUCGACAACCUCCUCCAAAUGGGUUAGGAAUAUAUUCCCACAACAAAGACAAACCAAGCGCCUCACUCGAGGCACGUUCUACGCCAUAUGAAGCAGUAGGUUCUAGCUCUAGCGUUACAGUGCCGGAAGAAGCCGAGCCGGCUACAGUCAUUCAAGGCCCCCAUGUUGUGAAUAUCCGCAAAGGACAGCCCAAGAAAUUCACUUGGAAAAAGGGCCAAAACGUUGCAAAAGGAGUUACCAAGGGCCUUAAGGGGGCAUUCUUAUAUCAACGAGACGGCCAACUUAACGAGAACUCUUCUUUUGUCUCCACCCCUCAACAAGAAAAUAACGGUUCCGCAAUGCCACGCUCACAAACACAAGACCCAUCCAGGCAAGGGUUUGGAUUCUUUGGGAGCAACCAGAAGACCAAGCCCACUCCAUGGAGGGGACAGUCCAACGGAAGUUCACCUGGUUUGGAUACUACAACGAGUCUCUUUGGUGGCGAGCUGGAGCAGCGCUUGGAGAUUGAGAAAGCUGUCAUACCUAGUAUUGUCACUCGUUGUAUCGAGGAAGUUGAACUUCGGGGAAUGGACGUUGAAGGAAUCUACCGAAAAUCUGGAGGGAGUUCUCAAGUCCAGACUAUCCGCGAAGGUUUCGAGCGUUCUCGCGACUACGAUAUAUCGGAUCCUGAUCUCGAUAUUAAUGCCAUCACCUCCACCCUUAAACAAUAUUUCCGAAUGCUCCCGACUCCGCUCGUUACAUACCCUGUGUAUGAUAUCCUUAUCGAAGCCACGAAUGUGACGCCUGUCUCAGCGAGAAUUGAAAUAAUCCAACAGGCCCUUCAGGAACUUCCUCGUGUGCAUAGGGAUGUUUUAGAAUUCCUCGUUUUCCACUUGAAGCGUGUUGUUGAUCGUGAGAAGGAGAAUCUUAUGACCAGUCUCAACAUUGCCGUCGUUUUUGCACCUACCAUCUUGCGCCCCGAGAGCUUGAGUCGUGAAAUGACUGAUGUCCAGAAGAAGAAUGAAACGAUUCAGUUCAUGGUAGAGAACUGCCAAGACAUAUUCAUGGGCAUCGAAGAGUGA